AUGGCAAGAUCAAACAAAGUGUCCGACAACACGGGCACGAAGCUACAUACGGCAACGUUGGCAGUCGUGGAUGCCCGCGGAAAGCUCCUUGAUCCGAACAAAUGCUUCAAUUUCGAGAUCAAAGGCAUCAAACUCCAUGGCAAGAAGGCCAACGCCGUGGACCUCUCGCAAGGCCCGGAUCUCGAAGACGCCGAAGCCUGCAUCGUCGCAUAUCAGAAACAGGUCACAGCUCUCACAAGAGACAACCGAGAUCUCAUGCAGAGGUCACCCUUAGCAGCAGUAGCAGCAGUAGCAGCAGUAGCCCACGAAAUAGCUGGAAUGCUGGAUAACUUAUCUCUUAAAACGUCAUAG